AUGAACUUAUAUUACCAUGACUUGGAGACAAUUGAGCGUCAUAUAUUCAUAAAGGGAUUUUAUAGUAAAUAUGUUACGUGGGAGUAUCAUGGGGAAGAUAUCACAGAAGUAAACGAAGAUCGAGAGGACCUAGAAACAAAUAGUGAAGAAGACGAAAUAUCAUGUGAUAGUGAUAAUGAAGACGAUGAUGAUAUGAUACCACCAUUAGAAGAUUUAGCUAAUCAAUAUCAUCAUAAUAGUGAUUUUGUGAACCUUGGAGAUUCAAAUGAGCACAGUGAUGAAAGGAAUACAUUGCCUGACUUAUUUGCAGAAGCAGAAAAGGAGUUAUACUUUGGAUGUACAACGUUCUCAAUCUUAACAUUUAUUGUUAAUCUAAUGCACAUUAAAGUGAUGUGUGGUUGGAGUAACAAAUCUUUUGAUUUGUUGCUCGACUUACUUUCGAAAGCAUUUCCCAAAGACAAUAAAAUUCCACGAUCUUAUUAUGAUGCUAAGAAAAUGUUGCGUGAUCUUGGUUUAGGAGGUGUACUUAGACACCCGGCAGAUGCAAAGGUUUGGAAGGAUUUUGAUAGACAAUUUCCAGAUUUUGCAAAAGAAUCUAGAAAUGUAAGGCUUGGAUUUGCUACAGAUGGGUUCAAUCCAUUCGGUGAUUUAUCAAACUCGUACAGUAUGCGGCCAGUGUUACUAAUGCCAUAUAACAUGCCGCCAUGGAGAAGCAUGAAACGAGAAUUCUUAAUGAUGGCAUUAUUAAUUCUGGGACGUCGUGCUCCAGGAAAAGACAUAGAUGUCUAUUUACAACCUCUGAUCGAUGAGCUAAAAGAACUAUGGGAAAAUGGUGUACGUACUUUUGAUAUUAUUGAUAAAAAAUAUUUUACAAUGCGUGCAGCAAUAUUGUGGACGAUCCAUGAUUUUCCAGCAUAUGGUACUGUAUCUGGGUAUAGCACUCAAGGUUAUAAAGCUUGUCCUGUUUGUGAAGAUGACACGUCUUCAUUUCGAAUAAGAGGACAAAUAUGUUUCAUGGGUCAUCGUCGAUAUUUGUGUCUGAACCACCAAUGGCACAAUGAUAUGGAGUAUGAUGGUACAAUCGAAUGGCGUUCACCUCCAAGAAUUUUAACAGGAGAUGAAAUCUUAGAUAAAUUAAAGGGUGUAUGGAAAUGUAGGGCAGGUAAAAAUGAUAAGAUCAUUAAGGACGAUAAGCAACAAAUGAAGGAUGCAUGUUAUGAAAAUAACACGAACUGGAGCCGAAAAAGUAUUUUUUGGGAGUUAGAAUAUUGGCCUAAAUUAAAACUAAGACAUAAUUUGGAUGUGAUGCAUAUUGAGAAAAAUAUAUGUGAUAGUGUAGUUGGUACAAUAUUUAGUAUUGAUGGGAAGUCUAAAGAUACUGAAAAGGCAAGACUUGAUUUACAAGAUUUAAAUAUUCGUAAGCAGCUACACAUGAAAAAGAAGGGGAACAAAUGGUUCAAACCAGUAGCAUGCUAUACAUUAUCAGCGAAGGAACGACAAGAAUUUUGUACGUUCAUAAAGUCUGUAAAAUUUCCUGAUGGAUAUGCUGCAAAUAUUUCUCGGAAUGUUAACAUGAAAGAUGGAAAGUUAUUUGGGUUGAAAAGUCAUGAUUGUCAUAUUUUAUUAUAG